AAGUGACCUCUCAACCAUAAAAAUACAAAGGCAUUUGCCUAAUCUUCUUUCCCCUGGUGGCCCUGUUUCCCCCCACUUUUGCUGUUCUUUCAUUUGUCUCUCAUAUUUGUACUUAACAAAUCUCAGUUAUCCCAAUGAUUUAAACCCCAAAAUUCUUUGUUUAUGAUUAAAUAUUCUGUAUUAAUUUUUUUAGUAGAACUUGUUUGAUAAAAGCUUGUAGUUAUGUACAAGUGUGUGGUGGUCUACUUCAUGAGUUCAUGCGGUCUUUUACAACAAAAAGGGCUUUGAUAAUCAUGCUUAAUGAUUAAAAUAGUGUGAUUUUCAGAGGAAAGUGAGCUUUUCAGAUCUUCUUUUUUAAUUUUUUGAGUAGCUCAAGGGUUUUAGGACACUGUUAUUUUUGCAGGUAAAGCUGAAGGGUAUGUUUCUAAUGCUUUUGAGAAAAGGGAUAGAGUCUUGAUGAUAUGACUCACUUUGGGGGAGGGGAUUGUAGUCAAAGUUCAUGACCUGGGUUCUUGCCUCCUGGGCUUUUGGUUUUGUGUUCUGUGAAGAUUGAGACUCCUCAGUGAGCUUUUUUCAUUUUUUUGGGUUUUCUUCUUGGGUUGUUCACUUGUUCUUGCAAUGAAGGAAUAUCUUCUUCAACUUUAUUAAUAGUAAGUUUUCCCUCCUUUGUAAAGCUAAAGGGUAUUUUGAGUGGAAAGUUUUGUGUAUUUUGAGUUGUUUUUGUAAUGUGAAUUAGAGAGGGGAGGGUUGAAAAUGAAAUCUUUGAGUAGUGUAGGACUUGGCUUGAGCAUAGUUUUUGGUUGUCUGGUGUUAGCUUUGGUUGCUGAGCUAUAUUACUUGUUGUGGUGGAAGAAGAGGUUAACAAGCAGAGAUAUUGAAAAUGAUUACAGCAAUCCAGCUAGGGAGUUCUUUUACAUGUUUUGCUGGAAAAGGUCAUCUUCCAUGAGUCAUACAGCUUUGAAUCCUCAAGAAAUUAGAAUGACAGAAGAACAGCAGCAAUCUCAUCAUCAUCAGCUUCAUCUUCACUCAAACAAAGAUUUGUUGCUCAAGCCUAAUUUUGGUCACCAUGAUGAUCCUCAUGGCAUGGAGAAUGAGCUACUGAGGCUACAUAGUCUUUCAGGGCCACCGAGAUUUCUCUUCACAAUCAUUGAAGAAACAAAGGAGGAUUUGGAGUCUGAGGAAGCCAAGUCUAAGUGUGAUAACAAGAGUAGAGUAGGGUCUAGAGGGAGGAGUAUGAGUGAUCUACUUCUCACUGUGGAAACUCCAUAUCUAACCCCUCUUGCUUCUCCACCAUUUUUCACUCCCCCUCUUACUCCCAUGGAAGCUUGUUAUAGUCACCAAGGAUUCAACCCUUUAUUUGAAUCCACAACUGAUGCAGAGUUUAAUAGGAUAAGGUCAUCUCCUCCUCCAAAGUUCAAGUUCUUGCAAGAAGCAGAGGAGAAACUUCAUAGGAAAAAGUUAAUGGAAGAAGUUCACAACAGUGAUGAAUUUGGACCAUUUGGUCAAGAAAAUGGUGACAUGACUCCUCCUUCAAAGUAUCUCAAAGAUGAAGAAGACGGAUCUUUCAUCACAAUAAUUGUUGACAGGAGCAAAGAAAGAGGGUUUAAUCACAAUUACCAACAACAACUCCAUUCAAGUACUUCCCAGGUACUUCCUCUUAGUUCUUCACCUUCAACAUUCAAGUCACCAGCCAGGAAUACUCCCAUCUAACAAAUAUUUUUAGAGAGUUUCAUCAUGACCAACCAAACUAGAAAUGAAAAUUCCUUUUUUCUUUUCUGCUGUCCUUUUAGGUUUUGAUUUAUUAUUCCUUUUUUUUUUUUUUUUGCUUAUUUGCUAUGUAUCUUUUCGUUAAGGGAGAGAGACAACAUUCUCUUCCAGAACAUGAUGAUGUGAGGUGGUCUUAAUGCAAGUGGGAGGGGGACUAGUGGGGUUACUUGUUUUAUUUCAAUCUCCAUGUCUCCCCUGAGCUGUUUGAUACAUGUAAUCAUUCCCAUGAGUGAAUUCAAUUACUAAUGUUCUUUCAAAGAUCAAUCCCUUUACUUAUUUCUCUAACAAAAUUCUAUGCAUAAUCAAGUUAUUGACAGUUUGAUA